GGCAAGUCAGUUUGCAAGGGUACGGCGGGUGGACACGAGGUACUUGAAGGUCCAAAAUCUACACUCUCUUUCCAAGUCACAAAAACAAUUAAUACGCUCUUAAUACCAACUUAGAUGAUGGAAAAUUUGCUUAAAAAAACAAAAGCUGCUAAUUCUUUUCUUUUGACAAAAGCCUUUUUUCCCCAGUUUUUGUGGGAUUUCUGUGUGUCCCCUCCUAUUAAACUAGUCCUUAACUUUCAGGUACAGGUACUCAAUGGGUAGUAUAGAUUCAUUAAACCCUCCCACCACCGCCCACUAUCAUUAGCAAUCUUUCCUUCAUCACCACCCCCAUUCUCUUCUUCUUAUAUAUAGAAAUCUCUAGUAAUAAUAUCUUAAAAGGACCAAUAAAUGGCUACUCCAUAUAGAUUCAGCAAAAUAAGUAACAUUCUCUAUCUAGUCGUUGUUGUUACUUGUUUAUCUGUUCUUCAACUCCCUCAUUGUUUCUCUUCUCAUGCUUCUACUUCAAAGGCAUAUGUUGUUUACAUGGGUAGUAGAGGAACAAAUGAGAACCCGGAUGAGAUUUUGAAGCAAAACCACCAAAUGCUCUCUCUUGUUCAUGGAGGAAGUUUUGAACAAGCACAAGCAUCCCACAUUUAUAGUUACAGACACAGUUUCAGAGGGUUUGCAGCUAAGCUUACACAGGACCAAGCUCAGGAAUUGACCAGAAUCCCGGGAGUGGUUUCGGUGUUUCCGAACUCGAAAAGAAGUCUACGUACCACUCACUCAUGGGAUUUCAUGGGUCUUGAUACAAAUGAAGCAAUGGAAAUUUCAGGCUAUUCCACUAAGAACCAAGAAAAUGUCAUUAUUGGUUUCAUUGAUUCAGGAAUAUGGCCGGAGUCGCCAAGUUUCAGUGAUAGGAAUAUGCCUCCAGUGCCUUCAACAUGGAAGGGAGAAUGCCAAGCUGGGGAAGAAUUUAAUUCUUCAUCCUGCAACAGGAAAGUGAUAGGUGCUAGGUACUAUGUAAGUGGGUAUGAAGCCGAAGAAGAAAAUUCCGUAAGGAUGGGGAAAUUCAAAUCUCCAAGGGAUAGUUCUGGACAUGGUAGCCACACAGCCUCAAUAGCUGCUGGUCGAUAUGUCAUGAACAUGAAUUUUAAUGGCUUGGCUGCUGGAGGGGCUAGAGGAGGUGCACCCAUGUCUAGGAUUGCAGUAUACAAAUCAUGUUGGGACUUUGGUUGCUACGAUGUCGACUUAUUGGCUGCUUUUGAUGACGCUGUUAGAGAUGGAGUUCAUAUUAUAUCUCUAUCCUUGGGUCCCAGUUCUCCCCAGGGAGAUUACUUUAGCGAUGCAAUCUCGAUAGGAUCAUUCCAUGCUACUAGUCGUGGAAUUUUAGUUGUUUCUUCUGUUGGAAAUGAGGGCAGUCAAGGUUCUGCAACAAAUCUUGCACCAUGGUUAAUCACUGUAGCUGCCUCUUCAACAGAUAGGGAUUUUACUUCUGAUGUCGUACUAGGAGACGGGUCUAGUUACAAGGGUGAAAGCCUUUCUCUUUUCGAGACAAAUGCUUCCACAAGGAUCAUUGCUGCUUCAGAAGCCUAUACUGGAUACUUCACUCCUUACCAGUCCAGUUACUGUUUAGAAAGCUCAUUGAAUAGUACGAAGGCAAGAGGAAAGGUUUUGGUGUGCCGGCACGCUGAGAGUACUUCAGAGUCGAAGCUGGCAAAGAGCAAGAUAGUAAGAGAUGCAGGUGGGUCAGGGAUGAUUUUGAUAGAUGAAGUUGAUAAAGAUGUUGCUAUUCCCUUUGUGAUCCCUGCAGCUAUUGUAACAUCAGAGAUUGGGGACAAGAUUCUGUCAUAUAUUAAUCACACAAGGAGUCCGACAACUCAAAUCUUUUCUGCGAAGACUGUAAUAGGAUCUUUACCUGCACCACGAGUGACUGCAUUUUCUUCAAAAGGCCCCAAUUCAUUGACCCCGGAGAUAUUAAAGCCUGAUGUUAUGGCUCCUGGAUUGAAUAUCCUAGCAGCCUGGUCUCCGGCUAUUGGAAAGUUGAAUUUCAACAUUCUCUCAGGGACCUCUAUGGCCUGCCCUCACAUAGCAGGUAUAGUAGCAUUGAUCAAAGCCGUGUAUCCAUCCUGGUCUCCUUCAGCUAUAAAAUCAGCAAUCAUGACGACUGCGACGGUGGUGGAUAAGAACAGAAGACCCUUGACAGUAGAUCCUACAGGCAUAAAUGGAACUCCAUUUGAUUAUGGAGCAGGUUUCGUAAACCCAACAAGGGUUCUUAAUCCUGGGCUUGUCUAUGAUGCACAAGACAUUGAUUACAAAGCUUUCCUUUGUGCUAUUGGGUAUGAUGACAAGUCACUGCAGCUAAUCACAAGAGACACUAACAGCAUUUGUAACAAACAUCAGUCAAUGAUGUCUACCGCAGCAACUGCUUCAGACCUGAAUUAUCCAUCAAUCACAGUGCCCAAUCUUAAGGACAGCUAUUCGGUAAGGAGAACUGUGACAAACGUAGGUACACCAAUGAGCGUUUAUAAAGCAGUAGUGUCUUCACUACCUGGAGUUAAUGUUACAGUGUCACCUAAGAUUUUGACCUUCAGCAACUACGGGGAGAAGAAAAACUUUACUGUGAACUUUGAAGUGAUUGCUCCAACUGCAUCAACAUCACCAUCAGCAUAUAGAAAGGGAUCAUACGUAUUUGGCUCUUUGACAUGGCAGAGAUCAUCAAAAGGGAAGCUACGAGUUAGGAGCCCGUUGGCUGUCCGCAUCAUUACAGUCUAGUUCCAAGGCAGCAGGUGAAUGUACAUAUGAAAGAACCGAUAAUUUUGUCUUGCUAAAAUAUUCAUUCAAGCCCACUACUAGGAGCCGCCCACUACUAGGAGCCAGAGGAAGGGAAUGCAUAUGAUGCCAACUGAGUUAAAUGAAAAGAAGUCAAAAGAUUAGGGACUACUAAAUCAUACUAGUACUUUGGUAACAUAUUUAUACUGAAGAAUAUCUCAGAUUACAAUGUUGAUGGAGAUUGAGUGAGAAGAGGGAUUAUUCAUCUUCUUAAAACUCUUGCUGUUGCAGUUUUGUGCGAAUGUAAUUAUUGUUAAAUAUUAUAAUAACCGGCCUUUACUAAAGUUA